ACGUCGAGCUGCACGGCUACCGUAGUCUAACGUUAAAAUGGUGGUGUAGGAACCUACCUAGGGUCCAGCUCAGCGCCCCGCGGCAGCGUCAUCUUGCGCCUUAUCGAUAAGCCCAGCAGCGCCCAAGCAUGCGGACUCGUGCCUCUCGAAGAGUACACUUCCAUCUCCAUACCACAAGCAACUGUCGAUCACACGAUCAUCUUCUGGGGUCUUGAUAUCAUACGUACAUGACCCAUCGGCCUUGAUUUGUUAUUUGUGACAAGGCUAUCCGUAUUUCCAACUAGCGAUCACGUCUCCACCUACAUAUCGUGCCCAACAUCAAACAACAAUAAUUAUCAUGAGCCGACAAACACCACGAAAGGCUCGCCACAGCCGUCAGCCGUCAAACCGUAUCCCUGCCGUUUCAGACUAUGAAUCCGAUGCCGCUGCCAUACAUGCCGAUUACGCGCCACCACCUCCACGUACUAAUACUGAGCUUAAUCUCUCUGUCCUCCAACGUUACCUCCCCUCCAUCCACACCAUCCUCAGUAUAGCCGCCAACGCUGUCAUAUACACAUUCAACAGCGCUUCCGAAAGCUGGGAGAAGUCGGGAGUCGAAGGCACCAUGUUUGUCUGCGCGCAGAGUCCGCUCCCUGAGGAUCCAGGUCAGCGAGCACGAGCUUGCGUGUUUGUUCUCAACAGACGGGGACUUGACAACGUGAUCGUGGACCUUUCACGGGUCACACAUGCAGAGGUGUCUGGGGAGCUUGUCAUUAUGAAGGUCGAGGGCGAAUGGCAGGAGGGCGACAAGGUACUGGGAGUGUGGAUUCACAACGAUAAGGACGAAACACGAGAAGUAAACGCUGCCAUAAUCCAGGAAGCUUGGAAGAUUGCACGGUCGGCGGGUCCAGUUGAACCACAAGGUCCCGAGGCUGGUCCAGCUAUGCAGGCGAUGGGUAAGAGGCUGAGUCUGAGUGAUCUGUUCGGAUCAGGAAAUGGUCCCAAUAUUGGACACUAGGUGUCGUCCAAGGUCCAUCAAAAGUCUGAGGCUGAGGAAUCGAAGAGCGAGAGAUCGAAGGAGUCAAGAAGGUCUGCGAUCUCGACAAGGUCUAGGGAAUCCAAGAAGUCUAAGGUCUCAACAAGAUCUGAGGUUUCGGCCAGGUCUGGGGGGUCAACGGUGUCGAGAAGGUCCGGAAAGCGCGGGAAGCCCUUUAAGCUUAUGAAGUUAAAGGCACCUGAGGACUCUGAUACAGAGAAAAGCGAAUCUGGGAAGUCAGAGUCAGGAGAGUUGGAGCGGGUGCAGCCGGUUUAUCAUAUUCCAGAGUCUGAGAAAUCGGAGUCUCCGGGGUCAGAGUCCGAGGUUGACACCGAGUACGAAGCUGACGCAGAAUAGAGCUCCCUCGAUACCCAGUUGAUUUCGGUCUCAGGAGUAUGGGAAUGUAACCAACCGCUUCAUCUUCAGCGUCUACAUGGACAUGGGCUAGAGCAGUCCCAAUAGUUAGCACUUGCACAGUUUUCGCCCGAAAGGCAGAGCACAAAAGCCCAAUAAUGAAGAAUCACAGCGGUCUGCACAAAAGCAUGCGUUUCCAUAAGCCCACAAUGGACUAUGUCUAUUUGUGCAUGAUAUUCAUGACGUUAGCAAGUAUCUACAAGCAGAAAGCACCUAUACGCCGUUCCCCCCAACCGGAUAAGUUGUAGAAGCCAACCCAAAGCCUAGACCGUGCCGCUGAUGCUCAACUCCCGAAUCUCCUGCAACACCUGCUCCACUCUGGCGUCUAGUUGUCCCUCGGCAUACUGAUCUCUGGUGUCAGCAUCCAGGUACUGCUGCACUUGCGCCAUGCGCGAAUACGCCUCUGCACAGAAACGCAGCUGGAUCUUGACGAGGGCUUCGAAAGUGGGGUCGAGGUACGGCACGCGGAGAUCGAUAAGUUGGGGCAGCUCGGUGCUGAGUUGCUCGUUCAGCUGCUCGUAAGCAGCCUUUGCCAUCUCCAUCUCCUUCUCGGUCCGGGGCAGCUUCGUGGCGUCCUUGUCGGGCUUCUCGGCGAGGCGCUUCACCUUUGCGCGGAGGGCGUCGUAGUCGAGCAGUUUGUGAGCGCGCUUCUUAAUCGCCUCGUUGACGUCGGGGAAGUAGGCGCAGAACCGUGUGAUGGGGUCGAGAACGGUUGUUCGGUAGGGGCCAUCGAGGGCUUUGAUGGUUUCGGCAUCUAGAUCCUCGACGGCCUGCUUGUAACUUCUGCUGACACCGUCUUUCGCGCCUGAGUCGCCGUAGAACGCAUCUAUCGUCUCGGCGAUUCGCAUUUGCGAUGCGGUCAUGGCUGGGUUCGGGUUUUAGUAUCGAGCUUCAUGUGUCGCAGAUCAUGAGCGUACCUCUCAGGGAGUCAAGAUACCCCUUUGAUUCCUUUUGUAGUCGUAAAGCAGCAGCUUCCAUUGUCUUGAAUCGUCUGCUUUCGUUAGAUGUUGUCCUCCAAUGUUAUCAAUCUGCAAUUGCUGACCUCUCUUCGACUUCGUAAUCACGGUCAUUCGUCUUUUCCACAUGCCCUGCAACGCAAUCAGCUCCAGACUCGAUUGUUUCAUCCGAAGCGCAUACCCGUCUUCAUCAUGACCUG